UAUCAAUUCAAUCCCUGUUCCUUUGAAGGCGAUGUCAAGCUCGACGAUGACGAAAUCGAAGACAAUCCGGCCUAUAUACCACGAAAAGGUAGGUACUAUAUGCACGAUUCCCGGGAUGCAGAGGAAGAAGUCGAAGAGGAAAAGAGGAUAAGUAGAGCUGAUGGAACUUGGAAGCAUGACAGAUUUGAUGAGCGUUGGCAGCGUCCCAAAACUAAGAAGCAAAUAAUGACACGCUAUGGCUUCGAUAUUCGCGAAGGGGAGACUCAGGAAGAAGCUGAACAACGGAAACGUUCGGAAGAUUAG